AUGGGGGCACUUAUCUGUGGAAAAAAAGGCAAGUUUCUGCUUGGCAGCAACAAGCGAGAAUUUGCAGAUUGUUCCCAGUUCGAAGCAUGGAAGUUACUGGCAGUGUUUUGUUCGUACAUUCCUCCCUGUGCAAGAGACGAUCAGGAGAACUCUGAGAACGUCACGUACAAGCAGAAAUACUGGAAAGAGAAAGUGGGUUCACAACCAUUUACAUGCUAUUUUAACCAACACUUAAGGCCAGAUGAUGUAAUGCUGAAGCGCACCCAUGAUGAAACUGUCCUCUUGCACUGCUUCCUCUGGCCCCUGGUUACGUUCCUGGUCGGAGUCCUCAUUGUGGUCCUGACCAUCUGUGCAAAGAGCUUGGCUGUGAAAGCGGAGGCAAUAAAAAAGAGGAAGCACGCGUGAGCAGAAGAGCUGCUGAAGGAAAAGAAGAAGUUGCAAGGAAGUCACAAGUGGCGAAACUCAACACACCUGCACUUCUCUGGGGUGCCCAGAUGUGCUUGUUUCCAGUGUCUCCUCUGACUGUGGAGUUGCUGUUGCCUGAGGAUUAUUCUUGGGAGACUACCCCAUGAAAUGUCAGCUAACUGCUUCUUCUGCUAUGACACUAAAAAAGUAUACUCUACCAAAAGAAUCUGCACUGCACCAAAUAUGCUGUAUUCUGUUAGUCUUGAACAACAGCUGCCCAGCUCCCAGCUGCAUUGAGAGACAGUUUCUGAGAA